AUGUUCCAAUUGCUAAAAAUCCCUUGUCCUCAUGCAUGUGCCGUAGCAAUUAGUCAGAAUGCUAGCCUGUACGCACUUAGCUCCCCGUACUACACAAAAGACACGUGGAAGAAGACCUACGAUGCAACAAUUAAUGUUGUCGGCGAGGAGGAUGAUUGGGUACUACCGGAACACAUCAAGAACAUGAGAGUCGGGGUACCAGUGGAUAAAAAACCGGUGGGUCGGCCUAGGAAGAGCAAUGCGGGUAGAAGACCGACGAAGCGUCGCCCGUCUAAUGGUCAAGUGGUUGUGGAACCUCGCCAUUGUACUAACUGCGGUGGUUCGGGGCACAACAGAGCUACAUGCAAAGCUCGAGUUUGA